AUGGAGAAAUCUGCCGCAAAGGCGCCAAUGGACUCUUCCAGAGAGUCCUUCUAUGUCAUCCGCAAAGGGGAUGUCAUUGGCAUCUACAAGACCCUCAGUGAUUGUCAAGCCCAAGUCAGCAAUUCGGUAUGCGACCCUCCAGUCACGGUCUACAAAGGCUAUUCUCUGCGUAAAGAAACUGAGGAAUAUCUUGCUGCACGUGGGUUAAGAAACGUUGUCUAUUCCAUUGAUGCAGCAGAUGCAAGGGACAAAUUGUUUGGCGAUUUGGUUCCCUGCCCUUUUCAGCAACCUUAUGAAACCAAACAAUCUACUUUGAAAAUGUCACAGGAGAUGGAAACCAGACCAUCAGAGCAUCCCAAAGCUGCUGAUCUGGAAACAUUACCUGAUAGUGAACUCUCUUGUAUUCUUGAAUUUGAUGGUGCUUGUAAAGGAAAUCCUGGGAAAUCAGGUGCUGGAGUCAUAAUUUGGCGGUUAGAUGGAUCUGUGAUUGCUCUACUACGUGAGGAUUUGGGUAUUAUGACCAACAACGCUGCUGAGUAUCGUGCAUUGAUCAUGGGGCUAAGUUAUGCUUCCAAGAAGGGAUUCAAGUAUAUUCGUUGUCAAGGUGAAUCUAAGCUUGUCUGUAACCAGGUUCGAGGUGACUGGCGUGCUAGGAGUGAUAAUAUGGCUGUCUUGUGCGAUAUAGCCAAGGAACUAAAGGAAACAUUUCUUACAUUUCAAAUCAACCAUGUUUUGAGGGAAUUCAACUCGGAUGCUGACGUUCAAGCUAAGUUUGGAGCCCAACUUGCUGUUGAUGAAGUUCAAGAGCUGUCCGUUUGUUGA